UUUGAGUAUACACCGGUGCUAGUAGCACAAAUGAAUUUACAAUAAUGCAGGCAUUCGUAAUGAAGUAAUAAUGAAAGGCAAAAUCUAUUAACAGAAGGCGCUUUUUCGCCCGGGCUCAUUUAUUUUUCCAUUUCAAUAUAAACUCUCCCCCUUAAUAUAUCCGUAUAUCCCCCUUGCUUCGCCUAUUUUUGCUCCCUUCUCUCUCGCUCUCUCUCUCUCUCUCUCGCAAUUCCGUAGAUGCUUGUGUUGUUUGUUAUCAAUUGGGAAUCGAUUUGAUUCUAAUAACUUCCUUUCCUCAAAUCUUUCCCCCAAUUAUAGUUCGUUUAUAACUCAACAAAGCCAACUGAUGAAUUGAUUUCGAUCUGAGAAUGUGAAAGUGAGCUCAGCUCAGUCAUCUCUUUUGGACCAUCAGCCUGAAAUUCGCCUUAAUUAUUCAGACCAUUUUCAAUCCACAAUCCAAACAAAACAUAUACCAAAACUGACAGUUUUAAUAAUCGCUAAAUCAGAUCAAACUCCACCACAUCACACUCAUCUAAAGCAUUGGCAGAGCAAUAAACAAUCUGGUCGACUUUGCUGAAACGAACACCUCAUUUAUCUCAUUUAAAUAGUCUACCGAAUUGAUUAUUUAUAAUUAAAACUAGUGGUCUAGUUAGUUGAUCAAAUAAUUAUCACAGACUAGAAUUGAACGCCCAAUCACUGAAUGCAACAUGGACGAUCACUCAUCGCCGCCUGUGUCUGACGAGUUGAACACUUCCGAAAUUGAGCCCAAAUUAACCCAACAUAAAACGGAAAGCAAUGAAGUCAUUUGUACGUCAUCCGAACCACUGCCAGCCAAGAUUCAGACGAAACACGAGAACGAAAGCCCCGACUGUUCUGCCAGCGACACGUCGUCAGCGCCGAAGAGAAUCAAAAUCGAAAUAGAUGACUCAAGUUCCGUAUUAGGAGAAUCGAAUCCAGAAUUAUUAUCAAACGAGUCGGCAGAUUUAGAUUUCGGCCAAAUAAAUGGCAGUGCGAUCGCUACAGAGAGUUCCGAGAAGAUGUCGUGCAAGCUAGAAGUUAGUCCAGUCGACCCUUCCGCGAGCUGCGGAGUGUCAUUCGAAGGCGUGAUUUCCUUUAACUCCGAGGACAGCACUUGUACGUUGUCGGUCCGAAUCGACUCGGAAGGAAUUUUCAAAGUCGUGACUGCAAAUGUGUUCACGUUUCAAGAUUACUCGGAGGAUUCGAGAAGCAUAUCUGACGAAAUACUGACCAUCACAAAACGAGAUCUGACGUCUGAACGUUUAAACUUGAAAGCAAAUUUGGACUGCCAGAAAACGAAAAACGGUAGUUUGAAUUUCAUGCUUUGUUUCGCAUGCAAUACUUCAUACAGCGACUUGUCAGGACUUUCAGAGCACGGAAAAGUUUGCCAUAACUGCGAGUUUUCUGAAGAUGACUUUUCAUUUUUUGCCGAGUCUCAAAGCAGUGUUGUUUUCCACCCGACCAGCAGUUGCGAAACGACUAAAGACAUUGCUGUGCUCGGUCUCGACAACAUCCGGGAGGUUUCACUGGAGAGUUUAAAACUGGCAUCUAAGCAUUUAAUCCAGGAAGGCACCGGAGUCAAAAAUGAAGAUGAAGACGCGAACGAUAUCAUCAGCUCAAUUUUUAGCUCUGAAAACGGAAUGGGAAAUUACUCGGCUGCAACUAUUGAUUUCAACUCUACGUCUAAUAACAUUUUAACUCAUAUGGCAAUGUGUCAUUCAAGGAACUCAAGCAAGACCUUAAAAUGUCCCAAGUGCAACUGGCAUUAUAAGUACCAACAGACUUUGGACGCCCAUAUGAAAGAAAAACACUCGGACAGUCUAAACACAUGCGAGUACUGCACGACUAACGAGCCGCACCCGAAGCUUGCUCGCGGCGAGACGUAUUCCUGUGGUUAUAAACCGUUCAAAUGCGAAGUUUGUAAUUACUCGACGACAACAAAAGGCAACCUAAGCAUACACAUGCAAUCUGACAAACAUUUGAACAACGUCCAGGAACUGAAAAGAAACAACGGGACGCUUGAAGAAACAUCAAAUGGAACCUCGGCAACAAUCUCGGCAGUUACUCAGUCGGGAGCCAAUCAGAGCGCUUCAAAUUUAUCCGAAAGUAUUGGGGCCAACAUGCAAUCGACAAAUUUCUUUAAAUGUCCAGCUUGCGAGUUUCAAACCGUGAAUGCCGCUUCGUUUAAAGUGCACAUAGCUACCGAACACGCGCUGCUUUCGAUGAAUUCUGGCAACAAUUCCGCGAACGAUUUGGCAUCUGCGCUUUUGAACCAACAGCAACAAACUACAAACGACAUUUUGCAGUCUUUAAUUCUGCAAAGGCAGCUAGAGGCGGUAGCUGCCGUAACAUCGAACCCAGAAGCAUCUCUUUUUAUCGGAGGAAUGGACGGGAUUCUACCCCAAAUUAACCACGCGGCAGGUUUGACCGCAAACAGCGCUGGCGUGAACGAAAGCGGAGUUUUCACGUGCAGUUUGUGCAAUAGGUUUUGUUCCGAUGAUGCGCAUUUGAUUCAGAAUCACGCAUUGAGAGAUAGAACAAGUAUAACUUCUCAAGAUUACUCAACAGUUAACAACAACACUUUCAAAUGCUUACUAUGCAAUUACUCCACAAAUUUAAAAGCAAACUUCACGUUGCACUCACAAACUGAAAAACACAAGCAAAAGGUGCAAAUUUUCAACCAUUUGAAAGAGGGAAACGAAAACUUGGAUGCGAUAUUUACCAUAAUUCAUCAGAUAAGUCCAAUACAGAUAACAUGCAAUGCGUGCGACUUCCAGGCAAAAAGUAUUGGACAAUUGAAUGCUCAUUUAACUGCCGACGCGCAUGUUUUGGCGGUCAAACUAUUUGAAAUUUUCACGUCGCUUACGUCAAAACCGGGUGCCAAAGUCAACUGUAAAGUAUGCGCCUCGGGUUUCAUGUCCAAACCUGAAAUCAUUUCACAUGUGCAACAAACUCAACAUUGCUCCAAACUUCGCAAUAAAAAACUGCAAUCUGGAAAUAGUUCAAAUGAGGCGAAUUCCUGGCAUGAUUUCUUCGAAGUUUCGGUUGAAAAUUGCAGCGGAAAUGACCGAAACGGGAGUUCGAACUCAAGCUCAGCCAAAAGUUCCGAAAUCUACGGCGAAGCGUUCAACUGUCCUUUAUGUGCUAAACCUUCAAGAACUCGAGAUUUGCUCAGAGAACAUAUAAUGCAAGACCACCGAGUUUCUACGGAAUGUAUUGAAGCAUUACUGUCAGUUGUUAAACCCACAAUGAGUGUUAAACCAGUUGCUAGGACUACUCCUAGAGUUGCUAAGUCAAAUUCUGAAAGUACAUCGGAACCUGUUGCUUCUGGAAUCCCCGCAGCAAGUUCAUCAAAUUCCCAAAAUGCACUGGUUAACAUUUCUGGUGUCCUAAAAUAUCGAUGCCAUAGAUGUCGAUCAGAAUUCAAUCACACUGUUGAUUUGUAUAACCAUGCGAAGUCAUGCACAAAUUAUGUUUGCUAUGGGAUUCCGGAUUGCAAAGAACAUUUCCCGACUCACAAUGCGUUGUCGAACCAUAUCGCGGUGCAUGCGGAUCAAGACUCAAGUUUGCCGUGCUGGGAUCCAAAAUGCGGACAAAAUUUUCUGUCCGAAGAAACUUUGAUACUGCAUUUUUUCGAUACCGUCGGACAUUUACCUCUAGCGUUGACAUGCUCGACAUGCUUAACAACAUUUUUGAAUGAAACGACAUUUUCGACGCAUGUUUUGAAUUCCAGUUGUUCUAAUCAGCAUUCUGGUCAAAUAAACUCUCAGGCCGACUUCAAAAACGACAUUCUGGAUUCAUUACCUAUAGUUUCGCAGUACUCGGCGUCUUCAUUAAGUUCAAGACCACAUCACUGUAGCAACUGCAAUUUCGCUUAUGUUCUGCAAUCUAAUUUGCAAUCGCAUAUUAACACUGCCCACACCGAAGUCCCAGCAAUUAACAAUUCGGAGCGUUCGGCUUCUGAAGUAAACGCUUCUCGUGUAUCAGCUUCUGCCGAACCGACAAGAGCCGAGAAGCCGUUUCGAUGCGAAGCAUGCGACGUUGCGUAUUCCUCGGAAUCAACUCUCGUGAUCCAUUUGGCCUCGCUGCUGCAUAAAGAAACGGUUAACCGACAAUCAAAUGCCAACAACCAAAGUUCAUCAAGUCCGGAUUCCAGCAACUCCGAAAUGGCAUGUAGCUCUCAGUUGACUCCCGGAUGCAAUUCAAUGUCAUCUGUUGACUCAACAAAUGGGCUCAACAACGACAACAGUAGCUCUAACCUGCAGACGACAGCUGAAAGUUUUGACGACGUUGUUAGAUCUCUCUCGCAGCAACAACAGUCAGCAAAUGCCAUGACGUCAUCGCUAGCAGCCAUGAAUUUUUUAAGCAACAUGGGUAUGCAAGUAUCUCCGCAUGAUUUGAAGGUUUUCCAGGACACUUUCGCGGCUACACAGCAACUGCAAAACACAAAUCUUCUUGAUGUACAAACGCAGAUGGCUCUUUUACAGCAACAGCAGUUUUUGCUACAGCAUCAAAAACUGUUGUCCUCUUUGAUGCCUCUUUACAAUGCAACUCCACAAGUGGGACAACAGUCACAAGAGGGCGCCAUGGACCAACAGCAAUUGACAUCUCAGAACUCAAAGCUAAACGAACUUUUCAAAAUCUCAAUUAGUGGACAAAAUUCGAGUGAUGAAAACUCAGCCAGCGGAAUCCUUAAUACUAAUGAUACUAACGCUGGCGAAAAUGAUGGUUCCAAUUCAAUAAAGAUUGAUAAAAAAAUUAAUACCACAACUGAAAACUCUUCAACUAGCAGAGAAAUUUUACCCACAGGAAAAUACCAAUCUGUGAUUGUUGCAAAUAACUCUCCAACUUCGACGCAAAACAGUGUUAAAAUCGAAUCGGGGAUGUUUGAAAGUUCCACUCCCACGAGAAAAGUACCUGGGAACCUACAAAUAGCCGAAGAGCCCAGAUGCGAAAGUUCUGGAAACUUUCAGGAUGAAGAUGAUGAUAACAUGUUUUACAGCGACGAGUUAACGCAAAGUGAGUCGGAUGGCGGAGGUUCUGAUGGCGAAAGUCAUUCAGGAUCAAGUUUUGGUUCGGGAGACCAACUUAACGCUACAAACGCGUUCAUUCUACAACAAGCGGCGCUUUAUCAGCAAUUGUUCAUGCAGAACCCAGCGGCUCUUAGUGCAAUAUUACCCGCGGCUGCUCUUGCAAAUUCGAACUUCGGAUCUCAGAUGUUCGCAAACAAUCCGAUUCUUUCUAUGAUCGCCUCGGCUGCAAACGGAGGGAAAACUAUCGAGUCUGUAGCUCCUGAGAGCUCUCAGAAGCAACCAAGAACCAAAAUUUCAGAACCUCAACUGGAAAUUUUGAAGCAAAAUUUUGACAUCAGCAAUUUACCGAGCGAAGAAAAAUAUAUUGCAUUGUCGCAGCAAACAGGACUGCCUGUUAAAGUUAUUAAGCACUGGUUUAGAAACACUCUUUUCAAAGAAAGACAGAAAGAUAAAGAUUCGCCUUACAAUUUCAACAACCCGCCUUCAUGUGCAACUAGUUCAUCAAGUUCGUCUGUGUCUCAGAACACCUUGUCUCUUCAGCAGGCGAUAUUCAAUAACAUGCAAAGUUUGCUUCCUGGCAGCAGUUCGAAUCCAGGCCAGUUCGACCCAACGAAAUUCAACUUGAGUGCUUUCGGCACAACAUCACCAGGUAAACCACCGUCGCCAAUGACGAUGUUUCUGCAGCAACAGAAUCAGCAACAUAUGUCGUCAAAGCGAGCUACUAGGACUAGAUUUACAGAUCACCAAAUAAAGUCCCUUCAAGACUUUUUCGACCAAAACCCAUAUCCUCGUGACGAUGAUUUGGAAAAUCUCUCUAAGAGCCUAAGUCUUUCACCCAGAGUCGUUGUUGUUUGGUUCCAAAACCAGCGCCAGAAAGCAAGACGAAGCAUGGAAUUGUCUGGACCUGAAAACUCAAAUGGACAAGUUCCUCAGGUGAGUGUCUGCGUUAAUGAACCAAGAAGCAGUUCUUCGAUCAGCGACUCUUCGGCUUUGCGACCCAAUUCGGUUAGCAGCACGCAAAGCUCUCGAAGUAAUCUUGAUCAUGACGCCACUAAAUUAGUUCAAGAGGUCGUCAACAUGGUAGCAGUUAACCAUGGCGCUUGCACUUAUAACGAAGCUGAACAGGAUCCAGUUCCCACCACUGCACAAGAUUUUACGACUGUCGUCGAGCCGCAACCUGCUCCUAACUAUGACGUAAUGAGUUCGAUUGCGUCAUCGGUAGCCCAUCAGAUUGCAGCGGAAGUUUCCAGCAGAGAAGCCGCGGGAGCUAAGUUACGUAACCGAGAUAACGAGUCGAACAAGCUUGUGAUAAAAGAUGAGUCGGACAAUGAUGGGUUCUCUCAGAACACCCAAGAUGACGAAGAGUUCUAUUAUAACUGCAGUUUGUGUCCGGCUAUUUUGGCCUCAGAAGACGAGCUCGAUGCACACCAAAGGGCACAUAUUGAGCAAGUUGCUUUGACUAUUAGUGGACUGUCUUCUCAGCAAGACCAACAGAAUGAAAGCUGUAAUGAUUUGGAUGCUAUGCAGCGCAUUAACGAAAAGUUUACAGCAAUGGAUAAAUCUGGUAACUUUAACGGAGUAUCGAAUAACGCUUCGUAUCUCAGUGAUGCUCAAGGUCAUUUCGAUGCCAAUGGCGCCGGAUCUCAAGAGUAUUUUCGAAGAAUGCGCACUACUAUUUCACCAGAUCAGCUUGAGAUUUUGUACACCAAAUACGGAGAAAAUAGCAACCCGAGUCGAACUGAGAUGGAAACGAUUGCCAGCUCGGUUGGACUGAGUCGUCGUGUGGUUCAAGUGUGGUAUCAAAAUACCCGAGCGAGACAACGACGAGGUCAAUGUCGGGUUAUCGGAAACACAGUUUAUCACUGCAAGUGUCCCUACUGUGAAACUAUCUGCAAGAGCAAAUCUCAUUUGAGCCAACACGUGCAAAAAGAGCAUUCGGACCGAGCUAAAAACGCAAUCCAAAUUGCACCGAGCACUUUGGACUCUUCAGGAGUAGUUAGAUCCUCGGCGCCUCCCAACGUCACAAUCGGGUCAAAACCGAGUGACGGAAAGGUGUCUGGUUUAGUGGGUGUAAACUUGACGUCGGCUGUUUCGACCCACGAUCCGAAACCACUGGAAUCGCUAGUCGCAUCUGUGAGCUCGAUUGUCUCGGCAGCUUCUCGAAACUUUGGAACUUCUUUGAAGUCUUUUGGAGUAGCCGACGGUUCGGGAAGUGGCAAGAGUUCUUUCAGUGACAUUGUCUCUCAGGUGUCGACAGGAAAGUGCUUCGAUGAUGGAGAUGAUUCAAAACUGCAUGAAGUGUCAUUUUAUUCUGACGGAUCGAACGAGGAGUCGUACAAGUUGAGUGACUCGGCAGUCAGUCCAGCUAGCGAGUUCAUGACGUCAUCCACCCUGAACUCUGCCUCCUCCCCUUCUGUUGCUGCCUCAAUGGGUUCAUUCGGACUAUUCGGAAACAAUGAUGACAAAAAGCGACAUAGGACUCAUCUGUCAAACGUACAGGUGAGAACUCUCAAAGCCAUGUUCCUCGACUUCAAGACCCCGAGCAUGGGCGAGUGCGAACAAAUCGGCCACGAACUCGGCCUCUCCAAACGAGUAGUGCAAGUGUGGUUCCAGAACGCCAGAUCAAAAGAGAAGAAAGGAAAACCGGUGGUGGAAUCCGAGUUUGGAAACCACAUGGCCGACGGACAGCUAGCCGAAGGAAUAAACUCAUGUCAAUAUUGUCCAGAGUUGAAAUUCUCAAACAGCAGCGCGUAUCGAGAUCAUCUGUUUGGACCCCGUCACGUGCAAGCUGUCAAAAUUUCAGUUUCGGCUAAAGUACGCGAAGAAAACGGAUACACCUAUGCGGUUCCGGUUCCGAUUGGUUAUGAAACACCUGUUAUCAAUAAUAAUAAUUACUCCAGAUCUGAAAUUAUUCCCCAAAUGAAUGGAAACACCACUAAUAUUUGUGCGUCGGUGGUAUCACCUAUUUCUGCACCCAUGGAUUUGACUACAAAAGCAGUUUGAUCUGUUUUUGGAAAUUUCGUUCUAUCAUUCGUAUUCAAUUUCUAUAUCUAAUGGACAUGUUGUUUCAUCUUAGAAAGAGGGAACCUGGUGAAAUAAUUCGCCCUCUUACGGCCAAAUUGUAAAUUGUACCUGACAUGCUUGCUACCUUUGCUCAUCAUGCGAAGUUUUUGAUUUGAAAUCAAAUUAUUUUUGUAUGGGAAUGCGUAAAUGAUUGUCUGUUCAUUGGAUUGCGCUUUUUGUCUCAUUUAUGCUACCAAACCAAAUCAGCCUUUCGUCAUUAAGAGUGAAACUCAAAUAAACUGCGUGCAUUUGACAAAUUAUUAAUAGACUUCAUUAAUUUAUUUACAGCUAUUGUUUCUACGCUUAUUUAAGCACAUCACAAAUCAUACAAAUUUAGAUGUUUUCUAUUUGCAA